AUGCCUUCAGAGAAGAGAAGCGAGCGCGGCAUCCGCAUCGCCAUUGAUCGUGGCGGUACUGUGAGUCGUACUCUCUCUUUCCUUCUCAACAAAGCCGACUUACUGUACUCCAGUNUCACAGACUGCGUCGGCAACCCCGGCACAGGCAACAUGGAAGACGACGUCGUGAUCAAGUUACUCUCCGUGGAUCCCCAAAACUAUGACGACGCCCCCUUGGAAGGCAUUCGUCGCCUACUCUCCAAAUUUACCGGCAAAGACAUCNCCCGAGGCGAACCGCUAGACACGACCAAGAUCGAGAGCAUCAGAAUGGGCACCACCGUAGCCACAAACGCUUUACUAGAAAGAAAAGGAGAGGAUAUCGCCAUGGUUGUCACAAAAGGCUUCAAGGACUGUCUAGAGAUUGGUAACCAGAGCCGACCCAACAUCUUCGACUUGGCAAUCAAGAAGCCCGAAGUUCUUUACAAAAGAGUCGUCGAGGUUGAGGAAAGAGUCACACUGGAAGAUUAUGCCGAGGAUCCUACGAGGAAUCACACAGACGCAAAAGCUAUCGACGACGCCGGCGACAAUGCCGAACUCGUCAAAGGCUUGUCAGGCGAAGCUGUUCGCAUUCUCAAGAGACCCGACCACGACCAAAUACGCAAGCAGUUGCAGGAAGUCUAUGAUUCUGGCCUCAAGAGUAUCGCCGUCUGUCUCAUGCACGGCUACACUUUCCCGAAACAUGAAGCCUUGGUCGGCAAGAUCGCCAAAGAAAUUGGUUUCGAGCACGUCAGUUUGAGUCACGAAUUGAUGCCCAUGAUCAAGCUUGUACCUCGCGCUACAUCAGCUUGUGCAGAUGCAUACCUUACUCCCGCCAUUCGUAAAUACAUUGACGGCUUCCAAAAAGGGUUCGAAGGUGGACUAGGCACUGCCAGCGUCAAGCAUGAAGAAGGCGCAAGAGGAGCACGAUGUGAAUUCAUGCAGUCAGAUGGAGGCUUGGUUGAUGUCGAUUCAUUCUCAGGUCUGCGCGCUAUCUUGAGUGGGCCUGCUGGCGGUGUGGUCGGAUAUGCCUUGACUUCAUACGACCCCAAGACGAAAACCCCCGUCAUCGGCUUUGAUAUGGGAGGAACUAGCACCGAUGUUUCAAGAUACGGUGAAGGACGAUACGAACAUGUCUUCGAGACCACGACCGCUGGUGUUACCAUCCAAUCUCCCCAGCUCGAUAUCAACACGGUCGCUGCCGGAGGUGGCUCACGGUUGUUCUUCAAGAAUGGCUUGUUUGUUGUAGGACCGGAAUCGGCAAGCGCACAUCCUGGACCUGCUUGCUACAGAAAAGAUGGACCACUCACGAUUACCGAUGCCAACUUGUUCCUCGGACGCCUUCUGCCCGAUUUCUUCCCCAAGAUCUUCGGCAAGAACGAAGAUGAGGGCCUGGAUCCGGAAGCUAGCAAGAAGCUUUUCGAAGAGCUCACCACGAAGAUCAAUCAAGAGGUCAAGGACAAGAACAUGUCUGCUGAUGAAGUUGCCUAUGGAUUUAUCAAAAUCGCAAACGAGACCAUGACAAGACCUAUCCGCAGUUUGACCGAGGCAAGAGGUCAUGACACUUCGAAGCACAGACUUGCGACCUUUGGUGGCGCAGGUGGUCAACAUGCAGUUGCUAUCGCCGAAGCUCUCGGAAUCAGCCAAAUCUUGAUCCAUCGAUACUCCUCAGUUCUUUCCGCAUAUGGCAUGGCCCUUGCUGAUGUUGUUGACGAAAGGCAAGAACCUGACUCGAAGGUCUGGUCCGACGAAGGAGAUGUACGCAAGUACUUCCAAAACAAGAUGGAAGAGCUCAAGAAGAAGUCAAAGGCCACCUUGAAGGACCAAGGCUUCGAAGAAGGCCAUGUGCACUUCGAAGAGUACCUCAACAUGAGAUAUAGAGGAACCGAGUCAGCCUUGAUGAUCAUCAAGCCGAGCGGAGAAGACGCCGAAAAGAGGUUCGACGGCGACGACUGGGCUUUUGGCAGAGCAUUUGUCGAACAGCAUGAACAAGAGUUCGGGUUCACACUUCCUGACAGAGACAUCAUUGUUGAUGAUGUCAGAGCUCGUGGUAUCGGCAAGACUUUCGAAGGUCUGGAAAAGACAGUCGACCAACAGUUGCAAGAAGUCAAGCCAAAAGAUGUUGGUAAAGAUGAAAAGAUCUACGGCAAAUCCCAGGUCUACUUCGAGGGAGGCCGACAGGAAACUUCCAUCUACAAGCUUGAAGACCUCGCACUUGGCGACCGCAUCCAAGGACCCGCUAUCAUUGCCGAUGGCACUCAGACUAUUGUUGUUACACCUGGCGCUUCUGCUCUUGUUAUUGACACCCACGUCGUCAUCAACAUUGGAGAGAGUGACGGAUCCGAGAAGAAGCUUGACACCGAGACUGUUGAUCCGAUCAUGCUCAGUAUCUUUGCCCAUCGAUUCAUGGCGAUUGCAGAACAAAUGGGUCGCGCGUUACAGAAGACGAGUGUCAGCACUAACGUCAAGGAGCGACUAGAUUAUUCGUGUGCACUUUUCGAUUCAACCGGAGGUCUAGUCGCCAACGCACCUCAUCUUCCCGUACACCUGGGUAGCAUGAGCACAUGUGUGCAGAAGCAGGCAAAGAUCUGGGAGGGCAAGCUCAAACGAGGCGAUGUCUUGGUCUCAAACCAUCCCAUGUAUGGUGGCACCCAUUUGCCUGAUAUCACGGUCAUCACACCGGCGUUCAGCGGCGACAAGAUCGUCUUUUAUGUCGCCUCCCGCGCUCAUCACGCAGAUAUAGGAGGUAUUCUUCCUGGGUCCAUGCCGCCUCAUUCCCGAGAACUAUUCCAGGAAGGAGCAUCAAUCAAGACCGAGAAGCUAGUCUCGGAGGGAAGGUUCAACGAGAAGCGUAUCACUGAGCUUCUGCUUGACGAACCGGCACAACAUCCUGGAUGCAGCGGAACUCGUUGCUUAGCAGACAACAUCUCGGACUUGAAAGCUCAAGUUGCUGCAAAUCAAAAGGGUAUAAAUUUGAUCAAUACACUCAUUGAUGACUAUGCCGAAAACGUCGUUCAAUUCUAUAUGAGGAGUAUUCAGCAAAAUGCAGAGAACAGUGUUCGCAUGCUGCUCAAGGAAGUCAGCAAGCGUUUUGAGGGUCAAGACUUGUCGGCAGUCGAUUACAUGGAUGAUGGCAGUCCUAUCAAGCUAAACGUCCAGAUUGAUGCAGAGAAGGGUGAAGCUGUGUUUGACUUCACAGGCACAGGACCGGAGAUUCCGAAAAAGUCUUUCUUGUCGCCUUCAGCCACUGCGGCAGUCGUCGGCGGCAAUGUCCUUACGUCUCAAAGAGUAACCGAUGUCGUCUUGAAAGCUUUCCAAGCCUGCGCUGCUUCCCAAGGUGACUGCAACAACCUGACCUUUGGCUUUGGCGGCAAUGCAGAUGGCAAAGAACAUGUCAAAGGCUUUGGCUACUACGAGACCAUCGCUGGAGGAUCAGGUGCAGGACCCACUUGGGAUGGUACAAAUGGCGUGCACACACACAUGACAAACACACGCAUCACAGACAGCGAGGUCUUCGAACGUCGAUACCCAGUCAUCCUACGCGAAUUCAGCUUACGAGCCGGCUCUGGCGGCAAAGGCCAACACAACGGCGGUGACGGAGUCGUUCGCGACAUCGAGUUCAGAAUCCCAGUCCAAGUCUCCAUUCUCAGCGAACGUCGCGUGUACCAUCCUUAUGGUCUCGCCGGCGGCGAAGACGCAUCUUGCGGCAAAAACCUCUGGGUACGCAAUGUUGCCAAAGCACCCGAAGAAAACGAUAAAGUGGAGGAAGAGCAAGAGGUCCGGUAUAUCAACUUGGGAGGAAAGAACACUGCAGCUUUCCAGCCCGGCGAGAGGAUUAUCAUCAACACGCCUGGCGGUGGUGGUUGGGGGCCUGUGGGCGAGGAGAGCAAGGCA